AUGGAACAGGACCGGGUCGUACUUCCCGGCUUCGGCAAACCCCUGAACGAUGAUUUACCCCUGAUUGAAAAAGAAGGCCCCUCCAAAGGCCAACGGCUACGAUUCCCUCAUGCAUUGUGCGACAAUUGCUAUAGUGAUGGUGUCUCUGUGAGGGAGCGCCGAAUGUUGGACUUUAUCAACAAGAUCACUGAUAAGCCAGAAUGGGCGAGGAAGGUCUUUGACGAAGACAUUGUGGGCAAAUGGCGGAGUGAAGCGUGUGUCCACAGCGAAGAGCUUAAUGAUGACUAUCUAUCCACUGCUAUGUUUGACUAUGUGAGUUUUGCUUGGCUGCCGUUCCCUGACUACUCUCAGAUGGUGUCUGUCUAUGACAGUGAGACUGCCAUCGUCAAGUCCGAUACAGCAGUUACGCCAAUCUUGGCUGAGUCACUACGCAGCAAUGUGCGUGUCUUGGAGGAUGUCCCGGAGAAUUUGAAAGAUUGGCAUCCAGGGUCAGAUCAAACGGUGUUGGAUUUGCUUCACCCAUCGCUGUUUCCUUUAAUUCAUGGACGGUCUCGCGCGUUGCCUUAUGGGACUGUGCCUCUCGAUGAUUGUGCCCGCCUAACUGGAGAGGGUGAACUAGUUGUCCCUGACUUGUACGAGUACGGGAAAGUAGUCCCGUAUAAGAAUACCUCACUGCCGCAGUGGGGAAACUUCCAAUGGCUCCCAUCCAAUGUUGAAUUUGACAAAGAUGGUACCCCCAGGAUUGUCAGUUAUAUCAACAACCUGCAGCCCAGGCAGCAUAAGGAGCUCUAUGGAACCCUAGAGAGGUUUGUAGCAGCUGCAAUCCCCCUUUGGAAUGAAUGUCUUUCCUGGGAUCACAUUCGGCUGAGGAUCAUAUACCGGAGAGGACAAGACGAAAACGAUGACUUCUUUAUUCCCGAUGGACUUACCUUCACUCCAGAUGAGGAUGAAGUAGAUUCACCCGAGAAGGUCCGGCCUUAUACCUACCAAGAGGCCUAUGAAGAUGACGAUAUCAGCGCGAUAUAUAGCUUUGAUGAAUGGGUCCGGGAAAAUCGAGUCUUCGUUGAGAAAGAACCCGAUCCAUUUCGAUCUCGCCGACAAUGGGAAGAGGAUUCCGAACACCGCGCCGUCAAUCUACAAGCACAAUUUGCUACCUCUGGGCUGCAAGUUAUCUUCAAGCUCGCGAAUAUCCACCUGACCCCGGAAAAGCCAGAGUACGAGGGCGGUACGUGGCAUAUCGAAGGGGCGAUGAACGAACACAUCGUCGCCACAGCUCUCUAUUAUUAUGAUGAGGAAAAUAUUACACCUAGCCAUCUCGAGUUUCGGCAAGCUCUGGACGCGGAUGAUUUCAUGUAUCGCGUUCCUCAGAAUGAAUACGCAUCCACAGAAUACUUCUACGGAAUUGAAAACGAUAAUGUUGCAGUACAAAUGCUUGGCAGUGUCUUGACCAAACCCGGCCGAUUACUCGCUUUUCCAAAUGCUCUACAGCAUCGAGUUCAGUCGUUCAAACUGGCCGAUGCCACAAAGUCUGGCCAUCGGAAGAUUCUCGCCAUGUUCUUGGUGGAUCCGUAUAUACGCAUACUCUCCACCGCGAACGUGCCUCCGCAGCGCAAGGACUGGUGGACAGAAGAAGUUCGAAAGGUGCCUCCGCUUCGAAGCUUGCCUUUGGAACUGUUUAAUAUGAUUACCGAUGAAGUCAGAGACUUUCCACUUAGCUGGGAGGAGGCUGUAGAAGUGAGAGAGGCCCUCAUGGAUGAGCGAGGUGCACUAAUUGACGACGCCAAUGAUGCGAUAGAAGAGAUCUAG